AUGGUCGAGCUCGCUUCUCAGCAGCAAGGCUUCCUGGGUGUGGAGUCUGCGAGAGAAGAGGCGGGCAUCACUGUGAGCUACUGGGAGAGCUUAGAGGCGAUCCGGGCCUGGAAAAAAGAGGCGGAGCACACACUGGCGCAGGAGCGCGGGAAGAGAGAGUGGUACCACUGCUACGCCACGCGCAUUGCACGUGUGGAGCGCGACUACACCUUCCACAAGCCGUAA